GAACGUGACGACCGAAAUGAACGUGAAAGAAUUCGGAUAUCACAAACGCGUGAAGCGCGAACGCGAAAUUCAACUAAUAAUCGCGCAAGUUUGAAUCGAGCUGCUUUCAGUUACGAUGUGUCAAUUGACUACAGUAACUACCAGUGUGUUGUUAUUGGUUCUAUGAACUCGGUUUGCUCACACUGUAAGGCAUUAAAAUACAAAAACGAAGCCAAUGGAUUGUGUUGCGCUAAUGGUAAAGUGAAAUUGAUACCAUUGGAUCCACCACCAGAACCAUUGUACUCAUUGGUUUCAGGAAUAGGAACAGAUUCUAUACACUUUUUGACAAAUAUCCAACAAUAUAACAAUUGCUUUCAAAUGACUUCAUUUGGGGCAACAAAUGUAGUUCGGGAAAAUUUUAUGCCAACUUUCAAGAUACAAGGGCAAAUAUAUCACAGAGCAGGUUCACUGUUACCAGUGUCAGAUAGCGACAACAAAUUCCUGCAAAUUUAUUUUAUGGGCAAUUCACCACAAGAAAUUGAUCUGCGUUGUGCACAUAACAAUUUAGUAAAGAGGUCUAUUGUAGAACAAUUACAAACUUUAUUUCAUCAACACAAUCAAUUGAUUAUAUUGUUUAAAACUGCCCUGGAUCUGAUGCCAUCCGAUAAUCACAAAAUUGUAAUCAGAGCUGAUAAAACACCUGCAGGUCAACAUACAAGACGUUUUAAUGCACCAACUAUUGAUGAAGUUGCUAUCGUUGUAGUUGGAGAAAACUUGGAAUCCCGUGAUAUUGUUUUACGUCGUCGGAAUGAUCAAUUACAAUGUAUAAAGGAAACACACCGCUCAUAUGAUGCACUGCAAUAUCCCAUUAUAUUUUGGCAAGGUGAAGAUGGCUACGAUUUCUCAAUAAAAAUGAUAAAUCCCAUUGCAGGUUCUGAAACCAACAAAAAAGUCAGUUCAAUGAACUAUUAUUCAUACCGCCUAAUGAUUCGGGAAAAUGAAGAUAAUCACAUAUUGAAAUGUCGGCGAUUAUAUCACAAAUAUGUUGUUGACAUGUAUGUUAAAAUUGAAACGGAGAGAUUAACAUUCAUCAGGUUGAAUCAAACCAAACUCCGAUCUGAAGAGUAUAUUCACCUUCGAGAUGCGAUUAAUACUGAUGGAAAUGCACAGAAUGUCGGUCGGAUGACUAUUCUUCCAGCAACAUACAUCGGAAGCCCUCGGCAUAUGCACGAAUAUGCUCAAGAUGCCAUGUCGUAUGUUCGUCAUUAUGGUACAGCAGAUUUGUUCAUCACAUUUACAUGCAAUCCGCAAUGGAUAGAAAUCAAUCAGGAGUUAUUCUCUGGUCAAUCACCCAUUGAUCGUCAUGAUAUUACAGCCAGAGUCUUUAGACAAAAGUUGAAAUCUUUAAUGGAUUUCAUCGUAAAACAUAAUGUGUUUGGUGAGACACGCUGCUGGAUGUAUUCUGUGGAGUGGCAGAAACGAGGAUUGCCACAUGCACACAUUUUGAUUUGGUUGGUUGAAAAUAUAAGGCCAAAUGAAGUUGAUGCAGUGAUAUCAGCUGAAAUCCCUAAUGUACAAGUAGAUCCUGGAUUGCAUGAGGUAGUUAUCAAAAACAUGAUACAUGGUCCCUGUGGAACUCUUAAUCAAAAUUCACCGUGUAUGAUGGAUGGUAAAUGUUCAAAACGAUAUCCACGGACAUUAAUAUCGGAAACAAUUACUGGUAAUGACGGUUAUCCAUUGUAUCGUCGCAGAUCGACAGCAGACAAUGGAAAAUCAACAAUUGUCAAAUUAAAUCAACAAGAUAUUGAAAUAGAUAAUCGUUGGAUUGUUCCAUAUUCACCCAUUUUAUCAAAGACAUUCAAAGCACACAUCAACGUUAAAUCUUGCCAUUCAGUGAAAUCUAUUAAAUACAUUUGCAAAUAUGUAACCAAAGGGAGUGAUAUGGCUGUGAUUGGAAUUGGUGCAGAGAAUUCCAAUGAUGAAGUUACCCAAUACCAAAUGGGCCGCUAUGUCAGUAGUAAUGAAGCAGUUUGGCGAAUAUUUUCUUUUCCUAUUCAUGAGAGACACCCUUCUGUUGUUCACUUAGCUGUGCAUUUAGAAAAUGGACAAAAAGUGUAUUUUACAGCACAGAACGCAGUACAAAGAGCUGCUCAGCCACCAUCUACUACAUUAACCAGUUUUUUUGAGACAUGCCAAAACGAUGAUUUCGCACAAACAUUGCUAUAUUCUGAAAUGCCAAAAUAUUAUACCUGGAAUCAAUCCUUAAGGAGAUUUAUACGACGGAAACAAGGAAAACCAGUUCCAGGAUAUACAGAUGUAUAUUCCACCGAUGCGAUUGGCCGGAUUUAUUCAGUACAUCCAAGCAAUGAUGAAUGUUUUUACUUACGACUGCUAUUAGUCAAUGUACGUGGCCCAACAUCAUUCCAACAGUUACGAACUGUUGAUGGUGAAUUGUGUGUAUCAUACAGAGAAGCCUGUCAACGUUUGCAAUUGCUUGAAAAUGACGCUCAUUGGGAUCAAACUCUCAAUGAUGCUGUAAUAUCAUCACACGCUCAUCAAAUACGAACAUUGUUUUCUAUAAUCAUAUCUACAUGCUUCCCAUCAAACCCAAUUGAUUUGUGGAUCAAGUACAAAGAUUAUAUGUGUGAUGAUAUUUUGUAUCAAAUACAGAAUAGAAUGGGAAAUCCAAAUAUACAAAUCAGUGAAGAAAUUUACAAUGAAGCAUUGAUUUCAAUUGAGGACAUGUGCUUGAUAAUGUCAAACAAACUAUUAAUUCAAUUAGGCCUGACCGCGCCCAAUCGUCCAAUGCAUGACGCUUUUAACCAAGAGUUGCAUCGAGAAAGACUGUAUGAUCUCAACGCUUUGAAAGAAUUAAUUCAAACAAAUCUUCCACUGUUAAAUGAACAACAGAAGUAUGUAUUUGAAACUCUUAUGAAAGUAACAAAUGAUGAAACUGGAGGGAUUUACUUCUUAGAUGCACCUGGUGGUACAGGAAAAACUUUUUUGAUUUCAUUUAUAUUAGCAACAAUUCGCUCACAAAAUAAAAUUGCACUUGCACUCGCUUCGUCGGGAAUCGCAGCAACUUUGCUUGAAGGUGGUCGAACACCCCAUUCAGCACUAAAAUUGCCAUUAAAUAUGCAUAGCAAUGAAACUCCAACCUGCAACGUUUCGAAGAACUCUGCAAUAGCAAAGGUUUUGCAGCAAUGUAAAUUGAUUGUUUGGGAUGAAUGCACGAUGGCACAUAAAAAAUCUUUGGAGGCUUUGGACAGAACCUUAAAAGAUCUACGGAGCAAUAAUAACCGAUUUGGUGGUGCAAUGAUUUUAUUAGCAGGAGAUUUUCGUCAAACAUUGCCGGUGAUUCCACGAUCAACGCCAGCUGAUGAACUCAAUGCAUGUCUAAAGUCCUCCAGUUUGUGGAAACAUGUCAAAGUACUUCAUUUAAGCAAGAAUAUGCGUGUCGAGUUGCAAAAUGACCAAUCUGGAAACAUAUUCUCUAAACAACUCAUUGACAUUGGAGGUAUGAAAAUUAUGGAUUUAACUUUCGGACAUUGA